AUGGACCCACUUUCCCGCCAUCCGCACUUCCCACCACCGCCAGGCCCACUCAGAGGAGAACGCACCGUCAACCCACGUCGUCGUCUCGCGCCAUUGCACCCAGCACCUCACCUGGUACCUUUUCCGAGCCCACUGCCCCAAUCGCUGACGCGAUCCGAGCCGAACUGGACAGGUACGCAUGCGCUUUCCGUACACGUCCUCCCAGCCGCCUUCCCGCGUGCUGGGACAUCGCCUGGGGGUGUGCCUGAGGUGCCGGCUCCGGAUGCUUUCAAGAACAAAGCGGAAAGAGUGAAGUGGAUGGGAGAGCUCUCGGAGAGGAUGGUGUGGGAGAAGGGGCAGUCGGAUGGGCCAUUCCCCGACGCGGGGGCAAGAAUUAGAGUUGAGGAGAAGGGACUUUGGAGCGUUGUACUCAGAAUUAGGAGGAAGGAAGGAAAGAAGGAGAGCGGGAGGAAGGGUGUGACGCUCGUUGCAACGCACCCAAUUGGGUUUCAUAAGGAGACCUGGGAGCCUCUUUUCAAGCACCUCAUACAACUUACAGAAAGCGACUCCUCGGCAAUCCGAAUCGAAGAGAUCUGGUCUUUGGAGGCGUUCAAUCACGGAGACGCUGCCCUCAUAAACGGCCCGUACCUCCCUAGACUGCCCGAUAGAUCAGACUACGGACGCGACCUUGCGAACUUCCUCCUUCACCACCUCCCAGACUCCGUGGACACCUUGGAGAAAGACCUUCCCUUCCACCUCCCGCGUCUCGCGUCAGCUACCUCUUCAACGCAUGUCAAGAGCGGCUUCGCAGACCGGACGCUAGUGGCCCUCGGGCAUUCUCUAGGCGGAGACGCUACUGCCGUCUGCGGGAUAAGCUACCCCAAACUCUUCUCCGCACUCAUCUUGAUGGAGACAACGCUCUUCCCGCCAUCAAGGAACAGUCCCAAGCGUCGCACCACGAUCAUUUUGGGCACGAUGGGCCGGCGGUCGUGGUGGGACUCAAGAGAGGAGGCGAAGAAGGCCCUCCUCAAGAGCCCUCUCUUCCAAGCGUUCGACCCGGCUGUCUUCGAUGCGUACAUCGAGCACGGGAUGUAUCUGGAUGGGAAGACGGGGAAGGUGCAUUUGAAGUGCCCGCCCACUGCCGAAGCCUCAGAGUACACGGAGAGCCGGACCAUGAAUGAAGGCUGGGAGCUCCUCCCGACGCUCGACGACAGCGUUGAGCUGCGUUGGGUCAUGGGUGGGACGGACGAGGCAAGCAACUUGGUGGGCGGCCCGGCUAUUGCGCGCUUAACAGUGUGGCGUCGCCCGACGAACGUGUCGAAUGUUAGAAUUCCUGGAGGAGGGCAUUUGAUCGUCCAAGAAAAGCCCCGAGAAGUUGCUGAGGACAUCGCGUUGUUCCUGUCCCGUAAAUAUGGUUCGAAUGGAGAGGAGAAGAAGAUACAAUCGAAGAUGUAG